AUGCAGCGAUUCCUGCAGCUCCCGGGGGCCGUGGUGAGGCCAGGGGGCAGAGGGGCCUGUGGGGCUGAUCAGGAGGCUGCCAGCCCUGUCCUGGCCCCCGAAGGUGGGCCCCCACCCUGGUACCAGGCCCUGCAACCUGAGGAGCUUCAGUGGCUUCAGGCCUCAGAGGAAGACACAGCCCCAGAAGCAUCCCUGGAAGGACCUUGCCCAGAGACUGGCCAAGGCCAGAGCCAGAGCCAGCGCCAGCCACUACGGCAUGAUGACCUGAAGGAGAUGCUGGACACCAACAAGGAUUCCCUCAAGCUGGAGGCCAUGAAGAGGAUUGUGGCGAUGAUCGCGCGCGGAAAGAACGCCUCCGACUUGUUUCCCGCUGUGGUGAAGAAUGUGGCCUGCAAGAACAUAGAGGUGAAGAAGCUUGUCUACGUGUACCUGGUGCGCUAUGCUGAGGAGCAGCAAGACCUGGCCCUGCUGUCUAUCUCCACUUUCCAGCGUGGCCUAAAGGACCCCAACCAGCUGAUUCGUGCCAGUGCCCUCCGUGUCCUCUCCAGCAUCCGUGUGCCCAUCAUAGUGCCCAUCAUGAUGCUGGCCAUCAAGGAAGCUGCCUCGGACAUGUCACCCUAUGUGCGGAAAACAGCUGCCCAUGCCAUCCCUAAACUCUACAGCUUGGAUUCUGACCAGAAGGACCAGCUGAUAGAGGUCAUUGAGAAGCUUCUGGCCGACAAGACCACACUGGUGGCGGGCAGCGUGGUGAUGGCCUUCGAGGAGGUAUGCCCCGAGCGCAUCGACCUGAUUCACAAGAACUACCGGAAGCUCUGUAACCUGCUCAUCGACGUAGAGGAGUGGGGCCAGGUGGUCAUCAUCAGCAUGCUCACCCGCUACGCCCGCACGCAGUUCCUGAGCCCCACCCAGAACGAAUCCCUGCUGGAGGAGAACCCCGAGAAAGCCUUCUACGGCUCAGAGGAGGACGAGGCUAAGGGCCCGGGGUCGGAGGGGGCGGCUGCCACGGCGCUGCCCACCCGAAAGCCCUAUGUCAUGGACCCCGACCACCGGCUGCUGCUGCGCAACACGAAGCCGCUGCUGCAGAGCCGCAGCGCCGCCGUGGUCAUGGCGGUGGCGCAGCUCUACUUCCACCUGGCGCCCAAGGCCGAGGUGGGCGUCAUCGCCAAGGCGCUCGUGCGCCUGCUGCGCAGCCACAGUGAGGUGCAGUACGUCGUGCUCCAGAACGUGGCCACCAUGUCCAUCAAGCGCAGGGGUAUGUUUGAGCCCUACCUGAAGAGCUUCUACAUCAGGUCCACUGACCCCACCCAGAUCAAGAUCCUGAAGCUGGAAGUGUUGACCAACCUGGCCAAUGAAACCAACAUCCCUACUGUCCUACGGGAAUUCCAGACCUACAUUCGCAGCAUGGACAAGGACUUCGUGGCAGCCACUAUCCAGGCCAUUGGACGCUGUGCAACUAACAUAGGCCGAGUCCGUGACACCUGCCUCAAUGGCCUGGUGCAGCUACUGUCCAACCGUGAUGAGCUUGUGGUCGCAGAGUCAGUGGUCGUCAUUAAGAAGCUGCUGCAGAUGCAGCCGGCACAGCACGGGGAGAUCAUCAAACACUUGGCAAAGCUCACAGACAACAUCCAGGUGCCCAUGGCCCGAGCCAGCAUCUUAUGGCUCAUUGGUGAGUACUGUGAGCACGUCCCCAGGAUUGCACCUGAUGUGCUGAGAAAAAUGGCCAAGUCCUUCACAGCAGAGGAGGACAUCGUCAAGCUACAGGUCAUCAACUUGGCGGCCAAGCUGUACCUGACCAACUCUAAGCAGACCAAGCUGCUGACUCAGUAUGUUCUGAGUCUGGCCAAGUACGACCAGAACUACGAUAUCCGAGACCGAGCGCGCUUCACCCGGCAGCUUAUCGUCCCUUCAGAGCAGGGUGGGGCCCUCAGCCGCCAUGCCAAGAAGCUCUUCCUGGCACCCAAACCAGCUCCAGUCUUGGAGUCAUCCUUCAAAGACCGAGACCACUUCCAGUUGGGCUCACUGUCCCACCUGCUCAAUGCCAAGGCCACGGGCUACCAGGAACUCCCAGACUGGCCAGAGGAAGCCCCGGACCCAUCUGUGCGCAACGUGGAGGUACCUGAAUGGACCAAGUGCUCAAAUCGGGAGAAAAGGAAGGAGAAGGAGAAACCCUUCUACUCAGACUCUGAGGGGGAGUCAGGCCCCACAGAGUCGGCAGACAGUGACCCUGAGUCCGAGAGUGAAUCGGACAGUAAGAGCAGCAGUGAGAGCGGCUCUGGGGAGUCCAGCAGUGAGUCUGAUAAUGAAGACCAGGAUGAGGAUGAGGAGAAAGGGAGGAGCAGUGAGAGUGAACAGAGUGAGGAAGAAGGUGAGAAGAAGAAGAUGAAGAAGAGGAAGGUGCCAGAGGGACAAGGAGAAGUCUCGUCCUCGGAUGAGGGCAGUGAUUCCAGCAGUAGUUCAUCAGAGUCUGAGAUGACAUCGGAGACCGAGGAGGAGCAGAUGGAACCUGCUUCCUGGAGGAAGAAAACACUUCCCAGCAGUAAAAGCGCCCCUGCAGCCAAGGAGAUCUCCCUGCUUGAUCUAGAGGACUUCACCCCUCCCAGUGUCCAGCCUGUGUCUCCCCCUACGGUUGUGUCCACCAGUCUAGCUGUUGACCUGGAGGGCCUGACACUCACAGACUCCCCCCUGGUGCCCUCGCUGCUGAGUCCAGUGUCAGGUGUUGGGAGGCAGGAGCUGCUGCACCGCGUAGCUGGCGAGGGGCUAGCUGUGGACUACGCCUUCAGCCGUCAACCUUUCUCUGGGGACCCGCACAUGGUGUCUGUGCACAUCCACUUCUCCAACAGCUCUGAUACCCCCAUCAAGGGCCUGCAUGUGGGCACCCCCAAACUGCCUGCUGGCAUCAGCAUCCAGGAAUUUCCUGAAAUCGAGUCCCUGUCACCUGGAGAGUCUGCCACUGCUAUAAUGGGCAUUAAUUUCUGUGACUCAACCCAGGCGGCCAAUUUCCAGCUGUGCACCCAAAGCCGACAGUUCUACGUCUCCAUUCAGCCACCCGUUGGGGAGCUGAUGGCCCCUGUAUUCAUGAGUGAGAAUGAGUUCAAGAAGGAACAGGGAAAGCUGACAGGUAUGAAUGAGAUCACAGAGAAGCUCACACUGCCAGAUACCUGUCGGAGUGACCACAUUGUGGUGCAGAAAGUGACUGCCACUGCCAACCUGGGUCGUGUCCCGUGUGGCACAUCUGAUGAGUACAGGUUUGCAGGGAGGACGCUGACCAGCGGGAGCCUGGUCCUGCUGACCCUGGAUGCCCGGCCCACUGGAGCUGCCCAGGUGACAGUCAACAGUGAAAAGAUGGUGAUCGGUACCAUGCUGGUCAAGGAUGUGGUACAGGCUCUGACCCAGUGACUCCCAAGUACUGUGACCUCUUUGACCCCCACCUGUCCCUCCCUCCUGACAUCUGGGCUGUUAGACUCUCUCUCUUUAUUUCUCUCUCUCUCAUAUUAGACUCUUCAUGCCAGAUGGCAUCCAGGAGGUCCUCUCUCCCUCUGGUCAUUACCAGGCUCCCUCCCAUUCCCCUCCCCAUGGAUUCCUUAGUGACCUGUGCAGAGGGAGACAGCAGCUGCUCCCUUCAGUCCUCCCAGGUUUCUGUAGCUAUUUAUGUAGCAAAAUCUCAAUAAAAUGUCUU